AUGCGUAUACAUGCUUUUAUUGCUUUAUGCACAAUUGCGAUUUUCUUAUUUAUGGUCUCAUCAGCCGUCGCUGUUGCUGAAGUAGUUUAUAAUCCUCGGACAAGAAAAUUGUCCAAUGUUCCAUGGCUUGCGGCUCCUCAUUUUCAAGCAUUAGCAAAACGUGGUCGAUUCGUUUUUCGUGAAGCAUCAAAUGAAUAUUUGCAUGAUACAAAAAAUGAUGAUGUUGACAAUGCUGAUUCUCAUCCUGAUAAACGUAAUUGGCGAUUAUAA